AUGUCUGGAUAUUACAGCACCUCUCCAUGUUCACUGCUGCUCCUACACCCCCGAGGCCCUUCCCGUGAUCUCGGCGAGAGAUGCUCCUUCUCCAAAAAUAUACACGCCAUCCCGCUCUUGCCGUAUUCGUACCUCAACUUCAAAGCUCUCACAUCUCUCCCGAGGUUCGUCUCGUCGUCUAAGUCACAUCACCUCUUCAUCGCACCUGAUCGUACCAAUGCCGACUCUAUCCUCGUAUCUACCAAGCCAUCAACAAUGUACCAGAAACGUGGAACAGUCGUGGCAGUCCGGCACUUGCUCAGUCCGUACCUAGCGGCAGGUAUACCCAGAAAAUUCGUACUUCGUCUCCGGCAAAAUGCGAACGUCCACCCUAUGGCCGCGCACCCCACCAGCCCUACUAGGGGUUCAGAGCCCGUUCUUGAGGAAGCAAAUUCUCACACGCCCACUAUUCCUCAUGACGAAUUUCCCAAGGAACUAGUUGCGCGUCUCGCAUUCAAUAUAUUCACUUAUCGCAACAAGAGGAGGGGCCUUGAGGGUGACGAAGCUAUGAGGAGACGGCGCUGUUACCUUCCUAUCACGGAUAUUAAAGAUCGAAGAAAGAAUCAAAUUAGCUGGCUCACCCCGAGGUGCAGAUUGAAUGACCAUCGGCGAUAUGCGCGGCAAACCCUCGAACCAUCCAUCCCUAAGCAUGGCGUUCGACAAUGCCAACCUCUGGAUGGUAGUCGCAAAGCGGGGACAGCAAUCUAUUUAGUGGCGAGACCGGGGAAAACCGAGCUUAUAAUCCGACAUGUCAGACUUCUGUUGUGGCUGCUUUUGCCAUCCGGUCAAGAGUUAGUUCUCGGCAAGGCCAGCAUAGGUGAGCACCACUUUGCCGCCUGCCUGGCCUCAAUUUUGGGGCCUGGCACAAAGUUCACUAUCCAGGACCUCAAGGCUGGGUUCAAGCAUGUCGUGCUCCCUCACACUCAUGUUCUCAACCAAGGAUCUCUCAUCCAUCUCCUCAUUUUAGUGUGGUUCCGCUUCGCCACUUGCAGAGCUGACCGGUUACACAGGAUCUCAACGGGUGCUGCAGAUUCACCAAUCCAGAUGCCAAAGUCGCACAGUUGGAUGAGAACUCUAAAAUACAGAUCUAAGCCACCAGCAUCGUCGUCUCCACGUGCCCCCAUCGCCGAGAAAGCUUCCGAUACUCUCCAGCCAAUCAGGGCUCCCAAUCAGCAUCGUCAAUUUGCGAGCGAGGAAAACCGGGUACGACCAGAGGACAAAUCCCAGCGUUACCCGGUAAUAAGGGGUACAGCGGUACUUCUCGUUUCCGACAGCAUUGUGACCCUUUCAACACUUGUGGGAGCCAUCGUGACCGACUUUGAUAUCAAAUCGAAAUCUAGGCUAAAUCUAGAGGUGUCUCAAGGAUGGGGUCCCAAUCUCCACGUCAAACGCCGAUGGCCACUCCACAUCGAGAAGCAAGGGAACAAAAGCAGCGAUGAUACAAGUUGGCUGGCAACAGCCCUCACCAUCAAUUCCAUGUCUCUUAUGAAAGGCAGAAGUGCCGGAUUCAGCCCUACCAGCACAUCACGUCACAUCAACACCCACACAAUCCUGAAACCCCACAGAAGCACUUCUGUAAGCUUACUCCCCAACGUCUCCAAACACAUGUCGUUCGAAGACGUUAUCGCGGCGACAAGAAUGGCACUUCCAACCCUCUUUAAAUUUUUGACAUUUUCGACAACCGCGCGUCGCGCGGCAAGGCUUUUCGCCAUCCAAAACGCUCCACAUGUCAACCGGGGGGCGGAAUUUGUUAAAACCGCCACUACUCAAAACGUGCAUACACUCAAAAGCCCUAUUCCCGAAAGACUAGACCUGCAUAAACCGUUUCUUAUCCCUCUCCCCAAACGAAUUCAACCACGAUCCUUCCUCUUAGAGUUGUUACUGUAUACUCUUUCAAGGCUAGGCAGUACAAUUAAGCUUAUCUACGAGGCACAGCGUUGGGGUGAAAGAAGGAUGCUCGACCGACUUGCACUAAACGCACGUGUUCUACCCCAGAACCAACACGAGCUCAAUGGAUUUCCUCAGGAUCUGACCAAUUCGCACGCAUCCUGCCUAUCCCAAGAAGUGGGGGAAGGAAUGGAGGUAUACGAGACAGAUGCCCUGCAUUCUCGGUUAGAUGGAAGCACAACAAGUGAAAUAACGACAGCAACAUAUUCCCCUGAUCUGAUCUAUUCUGUGCCUUCCCGUCCCGCGUCUCCUAUCUCUCGUGUCCUGUGGUGCUGUGACAUUCUCCGCCAAAAAGCAAACCGCGAGAGCAGAGUUGCGACCCAGGCACAAACAUCCGGCACUGGCAACCGUGCACUCACCCGCCUCAGAACCCGGCUGGGAUUAGGAAUUGCUGGAGGGAAUAGCAAAAGCAAAUAUACGCAUUGCGCUUCCUGGGGAACCACCGCGUUUGUCAAAGUGAAUCCGCUUCUCUAUAGCAAAUAUUUGGUAUGCAUGGCUUUGUGGUAUUGA